UCGUAAGAAGGAACAAGGAAGUUUGUUUACGUUUCAUAUGUACUGUUUACACGAAUGACUUGCUAAACAUAACUUUGAUAUGUAUUGAUAGCUUAAUCAGUGUUGAACCAUUUUCGUCGUUCGAAUACAACAUUUCUUUGAAUUGUGUUUCUGUACCAUUGGAUUGCAUGAAGAAGCUCUGCUGGGUCCUAAAACGAUCCAUAAGCAUUAAUUCUUGUUUAAAUUCUCAAUACCGGCAAAUUAAAAAUAUGGUAAAUACGGAAGCAGUAGAAGCGAUGAAAGCCGCAAAGGCUAUUGUUCCAUCACUACGGGACGAUGGACACAAGGGAUCAUCUGGGAGGAUAGGUGUUGUUGGUGGCUCUCUUGAAUACACGGGAGCACCAUACUUCGCAGCAAUCUCGGCUUUCAGAGUGGGUUGCGAUCUAAGCCAUGUCUUCUGCUGUAAAGAAGCAGCACCUGUUAUAAAAUCCUACAGCCCAGAUUUGAUUGUCCAUCCUGUGCUUGAUGCUCCAGAUGCACCAGAUCAGGUGUUUCCAUGGUUGGAACGUCUUCAUGUGUUGGUUGUCGGUCCUGGAUUAGGUCGUGAUCCAAAAAUUUUGGAUUCAACAGCAAGAAUUGUUGAAGUAUGGCGUUCAGAGAAAAAGCCCCUUGUCGUGGAUGCAGAUGGCCUCUUCCUCGCUGGAAAGUACCCAGACAUUCUGCGAAAUUAUCCUGGAAUACUUGUGGUUACUCCUAAUGUAGUAGAGUUCCCUCGACUGGUGAAAACAUUCUGUGAGACAUCUGGGUCAGAAGAAGACAAAACGGUUCAGGCAAAAUGUCUGUCUCAAGAACUAGGGCAAUUUUCAGCAAUUCUUCAGAAGGGACAAGAAGAUACCAUAACUUCUAGUGAAGGAUGUGUUUGGGCUGUGAAAGCUGGUGGUUCACCAAGGCGUUGUGGUGGCCAGGGAGACUUGCUGUCAGGGAGCUUAGCUACUUUCUUGUACUGGGCAUCACAGACUGCACCACCAGAAAAAGCUGGUCUUGUAGCAGCAUAUGCUGCCUGUAAGCUAAUACGUGACUGUAAUUCACGUGCCUUUGCUGAGAAGGGCAGAGGAGCAAUCACAUCUGAUAUGCUCCACUACAUUCCUGCUGUGUUUAACUGCUUGUUUGAAAAAUGAGAGCACUUCUGUUAUUACACUGGAAAAACACUUUUACACCAGAGGUCGUGUCAAAUUUUCUGCAUGCUUGGUGAAAAAUGGUAACCCUCAGUCAGUGAUAACUGAAUGAUAUCUUUAUUUACAGAUUUUAAGAUACCUAUAAAGUUUGCUGGAGUCAUUGCUACUACAGGCAACUUUGAAAGCAUAUAAUUUGAUGUGUUUGCUAUGUUUUGUGUUUUUUUUUUCCUUGCUAUUUUAUUAUUAUUUGAUUGACAUACGACUGCUGCAGAACUUAUCACAAAUUCUAAAAAACAAUAUUACAAAGAGGACUGAUUACUACUUACCGUAUAGAGGACAUGGUGAGUCACAGAUCCCCAAAAAAAAAAAAAAAAAAAAAAAAAACUGCUAUUAAUGUGAGCUUUCAGCCAAAAGCCAUUCUUCUAAUGAACAUUGUGUUACAUAUUAUAGAAUGAGUAAAAGUCAUGAUUUUAUGUAACUGUAUUAUAUUUCUGUGCUUACUCAGAUUCCUCACUUGUACGAUGAUUUUAUUUGGGAGGAAUUUUAUCUUGUAUCCAAUUUCAUUAAUAACAAGGUUGGUUUGGCAUUUGAUGUUUUAUUGUGUUCUUCCCUUAUAAAAACUGAUAACUUACAUGCUAAACGAAUCACCAAUAUGCGCAGAACAGAAUAAUAAGCAUACAUAUACUGGAAAAAAUACAAAGGGGAAGAAUCUAUUAAAAUGUAAGAAAUUAUUGUGAUUACAGCCACACUGGUAACAGUGUGUAAUGGAUUGCAAAAGUAUUGGCACUGUAUAGUUUCAGUUUUGCUAGUUAAAGGAACAGAAUUAUUUACUGUGAGGUGCAUGGUACCUUCCUAGAUUUACGUAUGUAACAUCCUGUAAGGCCAGUAUUACACAAUCAUAUUUCUUUCACAAAGAAGUAUGAAUGAACAUCCAUAAAAUUUCUUUGACAAAAAUUUUUGACGUAGCACUAUAAAAUGAUAUUUCUCAGUCAUUGUAUGUUUUGUCAAAAUUCAAGAUGGCUGACAAAAACUGCUUGUUAUUAUGCACAGCAGUUGCUUGUACAACAAUUGCACUAGGUCGUAUUUGGAAGAGAAGCAGAGG